AUGCCCACCCAAACGUCUAGAAGCAACAGCUCACAGUUUAUGCUACCUUCACAAACCGGCUACCGCUCCCAAAACAGCUCUAGCGCUCUUGAUUUCAUGGGAUUAUCGUCCAACCGAACUGUUUCGCCAUAUAUAUCUUCAUCGUUGCCGCGAGGUGCCGAGGAAAUGAACUUCAUACGUGACAAAGUCGUCUCCAAACCAUCUACGAACAAGUUAACUGGUCCACGUCCACAAACACAGUUCUCUACAAUUUCUGCCUCAGAAUCAUUCAACUUCAAAUAUGAACCUGAUACUGUGGAACCUAACCCUAGUCCUACUGUGAGGCUACUCGGAGGUCCACGCCCGGCUCCCGCUCCUGCACCUACCUCAAAGCCUCGGGUCGAGGAAACUGAGCUUGAUCGUGAUGACCUCAUAGCCGAAGAGGAAAUGCGGAAACUUGGAAGCAAGCGUAAGGACUUUGAAUCAGCAGCCAGGGAAUUAGAUGAACUCCGGCGAAGAGCCGGUCCUAAGGAACGGGCUUCCCCUGCACAGGCUCUGAAAAUUGCAAGCCUUAAUAUCUUUGAACGAGGAGAAAUUAUCGACUAUAAGGAUAUCUACUUCUGUGGUACCCACAAAGCCAAGAAGCAUGUCGGUGAUCUUAAUGCUCAGACCGCCAAUUUUGGCUAUGAUGAUGAGCGUGGAGAUUAUAACAUAGUUAUUGGCGAUCAUAUUGCUUACCGAUAUGAGGUUGUGGACGUCCUUGGAAAAGGCAGCUUUGGCCAAGUCGUACGCUGCGUGGACCACAAGACCGGUACCCUUGUUGCCGUCAAGAUUAUCCGGAAUAAGAAACGUUUCCAUCAACAGGCAUUGGUUGAAGUGAAUAUUCUUCAGAAACUGAAAGAAUGGGAUCCACAAAACCGUCACAGCGUUGUCAACUUCACUCAAAGUUUUUAUUUCCGAGGGCACCUGUGCAUAUCUACGGAGUUGUUGGGUAUCAAUCUUUAUGAGUUCAUCAAGGCUCAUGAUUUCCGAGGAUUCUCUCUGAAGAUUAUUCGACGUUUCACUAAGCAGAUGUUGAUGUCUCUGGUACUCCUCCAGAGCCACAAAGUUGUUCAUUGUGAUAUGAAACCAGAAAACGUACUUCUCGUACAUCCGCUUCGUGGAGAUAUCAAAGUCAUCGACUUCGGAUCAAGUUGCUUUGAGAAUGAGAAGGUCUAUACUUAUAUCCAAAGUCGCUUUUACCGCUCUCCGGAAGUUAUACUUGGCAUGUCGUACGGAAUGCCAAUCGAUAUGUGGUCUCUUGGCUGCAUUCUUGCGGAGCUAUAUACUGGGUACCCGUUGUUCCCGGGUGAGAAUGAACAAGAGCAACUUGCUUGCAUCAUGGAAAUAUUUGGCCCCCCUGAAAAACAUCUUAUCGAGAAGAGUACUAGGAAGAAGCUUUUCUUUGACUCCUCUGGAAAGCCUCGUCUGACUGUCUCGUCCAAGGGGCGCCGGCGCAAACCCAGCUCAACAGAUCUCCGACAAGCUCUCAAAUGUGAUAAUCCUGUGUUCCUAGAUUUCAUUUCUCGCUGCCUGAGGUGGGACCCCGCUCGCAGAAUGACACCGCGUGAUGCUAUGCAACAUGAAUUUAUCACUGGUAUCAGAGCUCCACCGCGCUCCAGCCGAUCUCUGCACCAUUCCCAUUCUCAGUCACCCGUCAAGCGAUUUGCAUCUACCAGCGCUGCGCUAAACGGCCGACCACUUCCAAACCCCCCUUCCUCCACAACUUCAAACAGUGACGGAAUACGCCUUCGGGACGCAUCAACCAACUCUCCAGUAAAGCAUGGCUUACCUAAGCGCCACUCUACGUUCCACCACACAUCCACAACGACGACGGCCAAUCCAGGAAUGACCCCCAAGCGUGCAUCCAACAUCCCUCCAUCAGGUGGUUCUGCUUUACCUCGUGUGACGCCAAGGAAUGCUAGUGGGAAACCAGAUCUUGCAGCUGCGGCGGCAACUACCAGCUUGAAGACGAAGGUAUAG